GCGGAGGGCAGCAGACAGUCAGAGGUGGUGGAUGAACUGAACACUGGUUGAAUGUGGGAGAAACAUUACUGGUAGAAACAACACUGAAUUUGGAUACCUGGAGAGUCAAGAGGUAUGAAACGACGGGCCAUACUCUGCUUCUUGCUGCAGCUCAGUUUUGAGCUUUCUUCAUGCACACAUCUGCGGGUGAUACCAGGUUCUACUCUGGAGCUGCCCUGUCUCUCAUUUCAAAGUGACUUCACUGGAGCAGAUAUCACCUGGAAAUUCAAUGGCAAAGAUAUACCUCCCAGUCGUCAAUCAUCUGGCUCAGCUACAGUGAAAAAGAAUGGCUUGUAUCUCUCCAUAUCCCCUGUAACUGCUGCCAAUGAGGGCAACUAUGAGUGUUUGGCGAAGGACAACAAUCUGGAGAUGAUACGAACUUACAACAUCACAGUUGAUGCGGCGAUUGGCUACACCAUUAGAGUGACUGAAGGCACCGACAUUAACCUCCCGUGCCAUUUCCCACCUUCCAGCCAGUUCAGAGCCAAUGCACAGUGGUUCAAAGAGUCAGGUGUUGGUAAAAGAACAGAGCUGAAUGUUACAGAUGACAAUGGCAAACUGGAAUUGCUUUAUCCAGAUUCCAGUGACCAGACCGUCCUGCUCAGAAACACUGCCAUGGAGGAUGCUGGAAUUUACCUUUGCGAAUCUGCUGAAGGGGAGAAGCUGAGCUCAUUAUACAUUAUUGUUGAUGGUGCUCCCACCUCUGAACCUCACUCAUGCAAAAACUUCACCUCAGCCUGGGAGCCCUGCCUGGACGAGAACAGUCGGAUAGGGGAAGCCUUGCUGCAGGAAUCCAUGACUCAGUUUUCUAUGAAUCUAUAUUCUUACCUCCGACAAUUAUAUCCUUCUACCAACUUGCUCUUCUCACCCGUCAGCAUCAGCGGCGUGCUCUCACAUUUGUUGUUAGGUGCGAGGGCCGACACCCGCAGAGCCAUUGAGUCGGCUCUCUGUGUGCCGUAUGACUACCACUGUGUUCACCUCCAAAUAAAGAAGCUACGAGAGAAGUUGUCCAGCUCCUUGCAGAUGGCUUCUCAGAUCUACCACAACCCACAAAUGAAUCUGAGUGAGUCGUUUACUAGCCAGUCCAUUCAGUUCUAUGAAGCGGAGCCCGUCAAGCUGCUGGAAACCAGCGAGGAAAACACAGAGAUGAUCAACAGCUGGGUGGCAAAUAAGACCAAAAACAAAAUCACACAUUUGGUCGACUCCAUAUCGCCCAAUGCACAGCUGAUCCUGCUCAACGCCGUCUCCUUCAGUGGUCAGUGGAAGGUCAAGUUUGAUCCAAAACCGAAGAAAGGAUAUUUUACCAAACUGGAUGGUGACCUGGUAAAAGUGCCUCUUCUCUAUCACCAGAAAUACAUGGUGACUAUGAUGUACGCUGUUGAGCUGAAGGCACAGGUGGCAAAGUUUGGCCUCACAGGCGAGAGCAGUCUGUACAUCCUGCUGCCUCGCCUCAACAAAGCGACGGACCUGCAGCAGGUGGAGGAGAAGAUGACGGACACAGCGGUGCAUGAGAUGAUAGAGCAGAUGAAAACAACUGCCCCUCAGCAGAUGGAGGUCACUCUGCCCCAAAUCAAGCUGGAAGUCCAGCCAGAUAUGAACCUCCUUAUUAAGAAAUUAGGACUGUCAUCGCUUUUUGAGAGUCCCAAUCUGUGUGGCCUUUAUUCUGAGGAGUCGCUGGUUCUGGACGACGCCAGACACAAGGCCUUCCUCGCUCUGACCGAACAGGGAGUUGAGGCAGGUGCCGUCACUGCUAUGUCGUUCUCUCGCUCCUUCCCUACCUUCUCCGCCAUGCGGCCCUUCAUCCUGUUGCUGUGGAGCGACCAGGCGAACGUGCCGCUCUUUAUUGGCAGAGUGACUGACCCAUGAGGGGGGAAGUGGAAAUGUAACAGGGGCAAAUGGGCAGAAAAAAGGCUGACAUGUAUAAAAUGAUGCAAGUUUAAUACCAAUAUUGCUUCAAGUAGUCACUAAAGCGGGCAGUGACCCUCACAAAAACAAGCUAUCAGGUUUGCAUGUGGAUUAUCUUCAAACGUGAUGAUGAAUAAACACAUGUUCACACAGCACAUAA